AUGUGGUGUGGAUCUGUAACUGAAAAGGAGCUAGGACGAGUUCCUCCUCUGGUGAAGGUAUGUGACAUUCCCCUUUUUGACAUAUGUGACUACAAUGUCUCAAGAGACCAGUGCAAGAAACUAGGAUGCUGCUUUUUUAAAGAAGUCUGCUAUGAAAAAGCUGUUCCAGCUUAUGUCCAAGGACUUAUCGCCUUGAUAAUUAUCAUCCUGGGAGUCUUCAUUAUCUAUGUAAUGUACAGAGCUGUACAGGGCAGAAGUAAAAAACCUCGCAAGCUGUAUGGAUCUCAUCAAAAGAAGAACAAGCCAAGGCCCAAGAGCACCACAGGGAAUCGUGACGUAUCUGAUGAAGAAGAGAAGAAAAAACUGACGGCUGGCAGUGAGAAACUGAAGCAAGAGAUGUCUGACGACGAAGUUAUAUUGACAUUGCCGGUUCAGGAAGAAGAGUUGGAAUAA